AUGGACCGGGAGAUCCACCGGGUGAGGAGCCUUCGUCGCGACAGCUCGCUGUGGCGUCGCGGGGACGAUGUGUUCUCGCGCCAGUCCUCUCGGUCGUUCCAGGGCGAGGAGGACGACGAGGAGGCGCUGCGGUGGGCGGCGCUGGAGCGUCUGCCCACGUUCGACCGGGUGCGGCGCGGCAUCCUGGCGCUGCCCGAGGCCGACGGCGGCGGCGAGAAGGUGGUGGCGGAGGUGGACGUGGCGCGGCUGGGCGCCCGCGAGUCCCGCGCCCUCAUCGAGCGCCUCGUCCGCGCCGCCGACGACGACCACGAGCGCUUCCUGCUCAAGCUCAGGGAGCGCAUGGACCGCGUCGGCAUCGACUACCCCACCAUCGAGGUGCGCUACGAGAACCUGCACGUCCAGGCGCAGGUGCACGUCGGCGACCGGGGCCUACCCACGCUCAUCAACUCCGUCACCAACACCAUCGAGUCCAUCGGGAACGCGCUCCACAUCUUGCCCAGCAGGAAGCGGCCGAUGACCGUCCUCCAUGACGUCAGCGGGAUCGUCAAGCCCCGGAGGAUGACUCUGCUGCUGGGACCCCCAGGAUCAGGCAAGACCACCUUGCUCCUGGCAUUGGCAGGGAAGCUCGACAAGGACCUCAGGGUUUCAGGGAAGGUUACCUACAAUGGGCACGGGAUGAUAGAGUUUGUCCCGGAGAGGACAGCGGCCUACAUAAGCCAGCACGAUCUCCACAUCGGGGAGAUGACUGUGAGGGAGACCUUGGCCUUCUCGGCGCGCUGCCAAGGUGUUGGCACUAGAUAUGACAUGUUGACUGAGCUGUCGAGGCGAGAGAAGGCGGCCAAUAUCAAGCCUGAUGCUGAUAUUGAUGCAUUCAUGAAGGCGUCUGCAAUGGGUGGGCAAGAUGCCAAUGUGGUCACUGACUAUAUUCUGAAGAUAUUAGGACUAGAGAUAUGUGCAGACACAAUGGUAGGGGAUGAGAUGCUCAGGGGCAUAUCUGGUGGACAACGGAAGCGUGUUACAACUGGUGAGAUGCUGGUUGGGCCAUCCAGGGCACUUUUCAUGGACGAGAUCUCAACUGGGCUUGAUAGUUCCACUACAUUCCAAAUUGUGAAUUCACUCAGGCAGUCCAUUCACAUCCUCGGUGGCACAGCUGUUAUCUCCCUACUGCAGCCGGCACCUGAGACUUAUAACUUGUUCGAUGACAUCAUACUCCUCUCAGAUGGUCAGGUUGUCUACCAGGGCCCCCGAGAAGAAGUGCUUGAGUUUUUUGAGUCAGUUGGUUUCAGAUGCCCUGAGAGGAAGGGUGUCGCUGACUUCCUGCAAGAAGUGACUUCGAAAAAAGAUCAGAAACAGUACUGGUGGCUUGAUGUGCCCUACAGGUUUGUGUCUGUGAAGGAAUUUGCGACUGCAUUUAAGUCAUUCCACACGGGGAGAGCUAUAGCAAAUGAGCUUGCUGUUCCGUUCGACAAGAGCAAAAGCCACCCAGCCGCACUAACCACCACGAGGUACGGCGUGAGUGGCAAGGAGCUGCUCAAAGCAAACAUAGACCGGGAGAUCCUUCUCAUGAAGAGGAACUCUUUUGUCUACAUAUUCAGAACCUUCAUGGUGGUGCUGAUGUCAAUCAUUGUAAUGACUAUCUUCUUCCGUACGAAGAUGAAGCAUGACACAGUGACUGACGGCGGUCUCUACCUGGGUGCAGUCUUCUUUGGAGUGCUCUCGAUCAUGUUCAAUGGCUUCUCUGAGCUGGCGUUAACUGUCUUCAAGCUGCCUGUAUUCUUCAAGCAGAGGGAUCUCCUUUUCUUUCCAGCAUGGUCCUACACUAUACCCUCAUGGAUCCUCAAGAUACCCAUCACAUUUAUCGAGGUUGGCUGUUAUGUAUUCUUGACAUACUAUGUUGUUGGGUUCGACCCAAAUGUCGGCAGGUUCUUCAAGCAGUAUCUGCUUCUGUUAGUAGUCAAUCAGAUGGCAGCAGCACUCUUCCGGUUUAUUGGUGGGGCAUCGAGGAACAUGAUUGUUGCUAAUGUCUUCGCAUCGUUCAUGUUGCUGGUUGUCAUGGUGUUGGGAGGAUUUAUUCUAGUAAGAGAUAAAAUUAAGAAAUGGUGGAUCUGGGGCUACUGGAUCUCCCCACUGAUGUAUGCACAGAAUGCCAUUUCAGUGAAUGAGAUGUUGGGUCACAGCUGGGACAAAAUAUUGAAUAGCACUGCCUCCAACGAGACCCUAGGUGUGCAAAGCCUUAAGUCCCGUGGAGUAUUCACAGAAGCAAAGUGGUACUGGAUUGGCUUUGGUGCUCUGGUUGGGUUCACCCUACUCUUCAACGCUCUCUUCACUCUUGCCCUUACAUACCUUAAGCCAUAUGGCAACUCCCGGCCAUCUGUAUCCGAAGAGGAGCUGCAGGAGAAGCAUGCCAACAUCAAAAGGGAGAUUCUGGAUGGCAAUCACUUGGUAUCAGCAAGCAGUCAUCGAUCAACAGGAGUCAACACUGAAACUGAUUCAGCAAUCAUGGAAGAUGAUUCUGCCUCGACUAAAAAGGGAAUGAUCCUCCCGUUUGACCCGCUCUCGCUCAGCUUCGACAACAUCAAAUACUCUGUUGACAUGCCACAGGAAAUGAAAGCACAAGGUGUACAAGAAGAUCGUUUGGAGCUCCUCAAAGGUGUCAGUGGGUCUUUUAGGCCUGGUGUGCUGACCGCACUGAUGGGCGUCAGCGGUGCAGGAAAAACUACUUUGAUGGAUGUGUUAGCUGGGAGAAAGACAGGUGGGUACAUUGAAGGAGACAUCCGCAUUUCAGGAUACCCAAAGAAACAAGAGACCUUUGCACGUGUAUCAGGAUACUGUGAACAAAAUGAUAUCCACUCACCGCAGGUGACAGUCUAUGAGUCCCUGCUUUUCUCAGCAUGGCUCCGGCUUCCCAAGGACAUCGAUUCGAACAAAAGAAAGAUCUUCAUUGAGGAGGUGAUGGAGCUUGUGGAGCUCAAACCACUGAGAAAUGCUUUGGUUGGACUUCCUGGAGUGAAUGGUCUGUCAACUGAGCAGAGGAAAAGGCUUACCAUUGCUGUGGAACUUGUUGCAAAUCCAUCAAUCAUCUUUAUGGAUGAGCCAACCUCAGGGCUUGAUGCCCGAGCAGCUGCAAUUGUGAUGCGGACGGUGAGGAACACUGUUGAUACUGGUAGAACUGUGGUCUGCACGAUACAUCAGCCUAGCAUUGACAUAUUUGAAGCAUUUGAUGAGCUUUUCCUUAUGAAGCGUGGUGGAGAAGAGAUCUAUGCUGGUCCACUUGGACAUCUUUCUUCAGAUCUUAUCAAGUAUUUCGAGGGGAUCCAAGGGGUCAGCAAAAUUAAAGAUGGCUACAAUCCAGCAACAUGGAUGCUGGAAGUGACCGCAACUUCUCAGGAACAGAUUGUAGGUGCUGAUUUCAGUGACAUAUACAAGAAAUCUGAACUCUACCAGAGGAACAAGGCGUUGAUAAAGGAAUUAAGCCAACCAGCGCCAGGUUCAAGUGACCUGCAUUUCCCUAGCAAGUACGCACAGUCUUCCAUCACACAAUGUGUGGCUUGCCUGUGGAAACAGAACCUGUCAUACUGGAGGAACCCUCCUUACAAUACCGUUAGGUUCUUUUUCACUACCAUCAUUGCUCUCCUCCUUGGCACCAUCUUUUGGGACCUAGGCGGCAAAGUGUCUACAUCACAAGAUUUGAUGAAUGCCAUGGGAUCAAUGUACGCUGCGGUGCUGUUCAUCGGGGUCAUGAAUUGUACCUCAGUUCAGCCAGUGGUGGCCGUGGAGCGGACAGUCUUUUACCGUGAAAGAGCUGCUGGCAUGUACUCAGCUUUCCCAUAUGCGUUUGGCCAGGUUGUCAUUGAGCUCCCAUACGCACUGGUUCAGGAUAUUCUAUACGGUGUCAUAGUGUACUCCAUGAUCGGGUUCGAGUGGACGGCUGCCAAGUUCUUCUGGUACCUCUUCUUUGGGUACUUCACGCUGCUCUACUUCACAUUCUACGGCAUGAUGGCCGUCGGGAUGACACCUAACUACCACAUCGCCUCGAUCGUCUCCUCGGCAUUCUACGCCAUCUGGAACCUCUUCUCCGGGUUCAUCAUCCCCCGACCGAAAACACCGAUCUGGUGGAGGUGGUACUGCUGGAUAUGCCCCGUGGCGUGGACGCUGUACGGGCUGGUUGUGUCACAGUUCGGUGACGUCAUGACGGAGAUGGACGACAACAACAAGACCGUGGUGGUGUCACAGUACGUCGAGGACUACUUUGGCUUCAAGCACAGCUGGCUGGGGUGGGUGGCAGCCGUGGUGGUGGCAUUCGCGGUGCUCUUUGCGGCCCUGUUUGGCUUUGCCAUCAUGAAGUUCAACUUCCAGAAGAGAUAA